AUGGCCGAAUAUUUGGCGUCCAUUUUCGGCACAGAAAAGGAUAAGGUGAACUGUUCGUUCUACUUCAAGAUCGGCGCCUGUCGUCACGGGGACCGGUGCUCUCGCAUCCAUAAUAAGCCCACAUUCAGUCAGACAUUAUUACUGCAAAACUUGUACCAAAACCCGCAAAAUGUGGGCCAAUCCGCCGAUGGAAACAAUGUGGACACAAGUGGACAAAAAAUGGCCGAAUAUUUGGCGUCCAUUUUCGGCACAGAAAAGGAUAAGGUGAACUGUUCCUUCUACUUCAAGAUCGGCGCCUGUCGUCACGGGGACCGGUGCUCUCGCAUCCAUAAUAAGCCCACAUUCAGUCAGACAUUAUUACUGCAAAACUUGUACCAAAACCCGCAAAAUGUGGGCCAAUCCGCCGAUGGAAACAAUGACAUCCAACUGCAGGGCAUUAAAGUGAUGUCUGACGCGGAAGCACAGGAGCACUUCGACAACUUCUUUGAGGACGUGUUCAUUGAGUUGGAGGACAAGUACGGCGAGAUCGAGGAGAUGAAUGUUUGCGACAAUUUGGGCGACCAUUUGGUGGGCAAUGUCUACGUCAAGUUCCGGAGGGAAGAGGACGCGGAUAAGGCUCAGAACGAACUGAACAAUCGAUGGUUCGGCGGUCGACCCAUUUAUGCCGAGCUCUCGCCGGUCACUGACUUUCGGGAGGCCUGUUGUCGUCAAUACGAAAUGGGGGAGUGCACGAGAAGUGGUUUCUGUAAUUUCAUGCAUUUGAAGCCAAUAUCACGCGAUCUGAGACGAGAACUCUAUGGCAGACGACGCGCGGCUGCCAUUGAGAGACGACUGGCCAGUUAUGUGACGGGAAGGUCCAGAUCCCGAAGUUUGUCUCCAAUUCGUCGCCGCAGUCGUAGUCCUCGUGAGCGUCGGCGUAUAAUUUAUGUGACGGGAAGGUCCAGAUCCCGAAGUUUGUCUCCAAUUCGUCGCCGCAGUCGUAGUCCUCGUGAGCGUCGGCGUCGAAGCGGUUCCGGAGAGCGACGCAAUCGCGACAGAGGAGGAGACAGAGCGGAAAGGGUUAAGAGUCGAGACAAAGACGAGUCCAGACAUAGAAGACGCGAAGACAAGAAGGAGGACAACAACGGCACUGAACAUAACGGCCGAUAGAAUCGCACAUUCAUUUCAAUCGAUCCUUUAAAUGACAUUUAAUUUAAAAUUUUUACAAAUUUUGACGAAAUAUCAAAUUAAACAUUCAUUCAAUUGAUUUAAUAUUUCUUAUUGCGGUAUUUGGCCUCAGAUUUCAUUACAAUAAACGAUUUAUUUACAUGAAAUUUAAAAUA